AUGAAGUUAUUUGGCAGCAGCAAGAAGAUGAACAACAGCAGCAAGCGCAACAUGGACUCCAGUCUUCGCAACAGCACCAGCAGCACCAACAGCAGCACUCGUCGUGAAUACACCGUGGAAGAGCAACAGGUUAUCAUGGCCGCCAUUACCGACGCAACCUACUUGGACAGCAACCGUGCCGACAAGUACUGGAACAACGUUAAGAAGCAAGGCAAGGGCGAAGUGGAACAAAAGGGAGUUUACAUGGACGCCGAUGCCGCUGCCGAGUACUGGCGAACACUCAUGGCGGGAUGCCAGGACGAGGACGAGGAUUCCUCAUAAGAAGCAAGCAAGACGGACAAUGCAUGCACUGGACUCCCUCCCCCUUUCCUCCUUUUUCACUGUACCAUACCACUAGCUAUAUAUUACGAUAGAACAUAACCUUCUGAUAGAACAACCAAAUGAAAACCCACC